CUUCCCUUCUGGAAUGGCUGUGAGCAGGAAGACACCUGCGUUCCUGACCUCAUCCUCUACAGUCACACUGACCUCAUGGAUGUUCAGGGGUUCUGCAGCUCGAGGGACCGGGCCGCCCUGUCGCUCUGCAGCCUCCGGGGGGCGUCAGAGGGCUCGGUUCACGUGGUGGAGGCCGGUAGGAGGAGGAUGGUGGUGUUUGCUCGACUGGAGAAUCAGGGAGAGAACGCUUAUGGAGCCGCCAUCCACAUCUCCACCUCCUCCAACCUCCUCUUCUCCAGCCUCAUAGUGAAGGUGUCGUAGUGCUCCUUCAUUAAAGAAGACAUAAUCAGACAUUUAUAUUAAAUAAACGUUGCUUCUCUUUAAAGAGAAACUCGUGAUCCAACAUUCAUUCAGUUCAUAAAAGAUUUUCCAUUUGUUCUUCUAGAUAAAUGCAGCUUGGUAGCUUUUCACUGUUGUUCUGGUAGGAAGACUUUCAGGUAACUCUCAGUCGGAGUGUUUCUAACACGGAUCGACAAGAAAGAUGAGUCGUUGACUCACAAACUGUCCCUCAUCAACAUCUCCAUUUUCUGUGCAUUUUCCUGUAAAAGUCCAGCAACGCGUGGCAAUUUCUGCUCGUUACAUGCAUACACAGUCUUUUUAAAAUAAACGUCCAUCUUUUAUGGAAACUACGUAGAUAGGUUCAGGAAAAGAUCGUCAGAAAUAUCGUUACUGAGGUACACAAGUUUCGUGACAAAAACAUCCACCUCCCGCCGGCCUUGUGAGGGGCUUUGCAGGCUUUAUGCUUCCUUAUUCAUUAUUGAUAAUUGAUAAUUUCACAAGAUAUCUACGAAUUACGUUAUUAUUCGUAGGAAAAGCUAGGAAUGCCAAAUGACAAGCUUGUUGCAACUCAUCUACUUAGUAAGGUUUAGGAAAAGAUUGUGUUUGGGUUGUUUUCUUUGUCUCGUCCACCUCCCCUCCCUCUCGUCCUGGGUCGGCUUUUUCGGUAUUUAAACUUCCUUGUUCAUGAUUACGUUGAAAACAUUUACAAUAUUUUGUUGGAUAUCCACGAAUUACGGUGCAUACAGUAGAUAUAGCUACGAAUGCUGGAUGAGACCAGCCUUCCAU